AGUAAUUCUAUAAACAGAGCCUAUAUAACCAUAUAGGUACUUACUACUCAUAUCGAAAGUUCGGUAGUCAGUACUAAUAACUAAUACGAAGUUAUUUAGUAGGAACGUUAUAAAAUCUGCUUCUGUUUUAUUAGAACGGUAUUUAUUUAAAAUGCCCCAUUUCAGAAUAGAAACUAAUGUGCCGAAGUCAAAAAUUCCGCAAGAUUUCGUGACCAAAGCUGUGCCGAUUUUGGCUAAAUCUCUUGGAAAGCCAGAGCAGUAUUGUGUAGUGUCUGUUAUUCCGGACAUACUAAUGAGUUUUGGUGGUACUACUGAACCUUGUGCCAUUGCCAAUCUUAUGUCUAUUGGAGCUCUUGGUGUUGAACAAAAUAAAAAACAUGCUAAAAUACUCUUUGAACUAGUAGAAAAAGAAUUGGGUGUCCCACAAGAUAGGAUGUAUAUAACAUUUCAAGAUAACCCUACUGGCAAUGUUGGAUUUAAAGGCACAACUUUCCACGCAUUAUUUGGAUAAUUUAUUUCAUGUUUCUCAGGAUUUUUUAAUGAAAAUAUGAAUAUGAGUUUUUAGUAUAUUAUAUUAUCAAAAUAAAGCAUUAAAAAGUAAA